UGUUUGGAAGGACCACAGGCCACAGCCAGUCUGUGUUCGGGGAUCGCGAUAAUAAAACAUUGGUUGGUGUUCGGAAAGUUACGCAAAUGUGAAUUAAAUCUACGUCCACACAGCGUUAUUUCUGUUCUGACCUUUCAUAGCGGGGUGUCUGUGGUAUACUUAAGAUACUGUACUGUACCAGUACCUGUCUAUCUUUGAAAAAUGGACGACACUGUUGAAGGAGCUCAUAGAUUGGUUCACCUUGAUCUGAAGGGAGCACCACCAAGAAUUAGCUACUAUGAACAGUUGUUUCCACUUGUAUCAUCAUUUGGUGCUACAGGCUUACUGGUGGAGUAUGAAGACAUGUUCCCUUACCAUGGUAAAGUAGCGCACUUAAGAGCACCACAUGCAUACUCACCUGAGGAUAUUGAAAAGUUACACAUCCUUGCAGCAAAAAACAACCUCAUCAUCAUCCCCUUGGUUCAGACAUUUGGGCAUUUUGAGUUUAUCUUAAAACAUGAUGAAAACCGAGCUGUGCGAGAAAUAGAGCGCUACCCUAAUGCUCUCUGCCCGACUCACCCCGAUGCUUUCCCACUGGUGGCCAAGAUUUUGUCACAAGUGAUUGAUCUACAUCCUAAUGACAAGUUCUUCCACGUGUGGCAUAUUGGUAAAUGUCCAAGGUGCCAGGAUGAGAUGGAUGCCAAAAAAAUGUCCACCAAUGACUUAUUCUUGGCCUGGGUGUUCAAGGUGGCUUGGUGGAUCAAAAAAGAAUACCCCCACCUCACUAUAGUCAUGUGGGAUGACAUGAUGCGAAACAUUUCUUUAGAGAGACUUAAAAGUAGUGGAAUUGGUGAGCUUGUUGAGCCCAUGGUGUGGCAGUACCAAGCCAAAAAGUUUGAUCUUCCCCCAGAUAUAUUCAUUCGGUACUCAGCAGUCUUUAAUGGUAUAUGGUUGGCCAGUGCUUUCAAGGGUGCUACUGGCAGCACUCAGUUUUUACCACCAAUCCAGCACCACAUCAAUAAUCAUUUAACUUGGAUCGCUGUUCUGGCUGAGUACAAACAUCAGUUUAAGAUAUACCGAGGUAUAGCUCUCACAGGCUGGCAGAGAUAUGAUCAUUAUGCUGUGUUAUGUGAGUUAUUACCUGUGGCCCUCCCCUGCCUUUGUUUAUGCCUGAGAGUAAUUACCCAUGAGUCAUUCACCGAGGCUGACCAUGACUAUGUCUCACAAAAGAUGAGUUUCCCCCAUCGCAUCAAUGUGGUUCCAUUUCCAAGGCCCCAAGUGAUAGAACAGUGCAUCUCCUACCCUGGCCACAAGAUCUAUGUUGGGGUACAGAUGUGGUCAAACUUUGUAUGCAAGUACCAAGCUAUAAGUAACUCAGAAGGAAUGUUGGGCUGGUUCAGCGAUUACCUAAGGUCAAGGAAUUUCACAAACCCAGUCCAAGUGGAAAAUAUAAUGAACCCAAUCAUUGAGGUUCUAGAAAAUCUCACUGAGCUGAGAACUCACCUUAUCCCAUGGAUGCUGGAAGUGUUUUACGAGGACACUGUGGAGGAGUGGGUCGGCUCAUUCAUAGAUCCGCUUGUGGAGAAGCUCAAGAGUGUGAUUGAAGAAUGCAGAAAACAGAUUCUCAUUGGUGGCAGAGUCAGAGACUACAAGAAGAUAGAAUAUUAAGUAAAGCAAGACUUAAGAGAAGCAAUUUACUGGUUAUUCUAUUUGUUUUUUUCCUUUACAAGUUUUGCACAAUUAUAUUACUACAGAAAUAAUCAUUAAAAGUGACUUUUAAAAUCGUAUUGCCACUGUUACAUCAGUCGGUUAAAUGGAAUAUUAUACUUUAUAUUAAGUUUCUGCAUUUGCGAAUAGACUAUUAAUGGUAUACAGUAAUACAAAAGUGAUAAUAUUUUCACUCUGCACAUCUAUUAGUCCUACCAGUUAAGUCUUUUGGCAGGGAAAGGAAAGGAGCUCUACCUGCUGUUAAUAAGAGCGAUAAAGAGAUGUUUUACAGUACAGUACAAGACUCAGUUUACUGAGUCUUAAGUCACAUACAUAUCAUAAUACAGGUAGAUGUUAUGCUUGACUCUGCUUCUAAUUUUCAGGAUACAGUUAUGUCUCCACUAACCAGAGUUAUUUAAUCAUAAUUCUUCAGUAAUAUGAUUCAGGUGCCAUUGGGGUUUUCCAGGAUGUUCUAUGUGUUGCAUCGGGUACAUAAGAAUUUUCUGCUGUUAGAACAAGUCUUCACUUUCCUUUUUUUUUCCCUGCAUUCCUCAUUUCCUCCCUUGUUCAUCCUUCAGUAUAUUUUUUCUAACUUUCCUAGUGUUACUGGCUUAAUUUUUGAUCAAUGUGUAACUAGAAACUGAAAAAAAAUGUACAAGUACUGUUCAGGAAUAUACUGUAUCUGGUUUAGGGAACUUUAACGAGUAACUAGAACUAUCUAUUAACCAGACUGACUAUACACCACUUGAUCCAGUUUAGGAACAACACUGUAUAUACUUUCCAUAAAAUCUUGUCUACAUUUUUCAUAAAUUAUUUCUACUUUCUCAGAUAGCACUUGACUUAUUCAUUAUGCCUGCAGUUAGAAAGUAAACACUUAUUUACAUGCAUGUACAGUAAUGUUAUGCAAGAGGUGUACAGUAGCUAAAACAACUAUCUGUGCAUACUUUGUGGGAAACAAUAUGAGAAGACGGACGAUAAAUUUUGGUAUAUGAGGGCUGUCACUAGUCACACUUAAAAUUUCAGAGCAUAUCGACCCCUACCUGCACAGAUAGUUGUUUUAACUACUGUAUAGUCAAGGAAAAAAGUCUCGUCAGUCCUCUGACCUGAGAGACUCAUGAACCAGUGGAUCGGAGACAUCACACAUUGGUAGGGCCCAUAGAUGGUGCAUUGGGUCGUAUGAUGUCUCGGAUUCACAUGUCAUGAGUUUCAGGGUUCAUAGAUGGGACGGGGGACUAAAAGGACUUUCUUCUGUAACUGUACAUACUGUGAUAGACAUACUGCAAUGGGUUAAAUGAAUUUUGCCAAACUGUAAGGAAGCAUUGCAUUUCUGUCUCGACUGUGGCUGUAAGUGUUCAAGGAAUAUUUUUGAGAAAUAACAUGGGCCUCUCUUGUUACUCACCCCUGAGUGUGAUCACCUCUGUUUGAAGGCAGUGGUUGAGGGAGUUAGGGCAAUUGCCAGUAAUUUUGCUAUUUUAAUGACCAGUGGCCUGGUCAGGGCAGUUGGAUAUCUGUGAUAUAUAUUUAUGUUUUUUAUUACUUUUGAAUUAUUUAACUACCAGGCAAAAAAAUAAGUGAGAUUCUUGUAUGUUGCCUUUGUGCUACAUAUUUUUUCAAGGACAUGACUGCACAUAAGCAAUGCUUUGAUCUUCAGGAGGUUGGAGCGAGAAAUGAGAGUUGUAUUAUUACCAGUACAGUAACUAAAAAAAAUGGUGUAAACUCCAGAAAUGACACUGCAGUACUAUGUAAAUAUAUUCAUUGUAUUGUAUCUUUCAGUUGGCUUAGUGAAUGUUUACUACUUCCUUGUUUUGAUACACAGUAUUAAAAUAGUUCUUUCCACUUAUUUUUAACCAAAUUUUAUUUCUUUUAGUGCAAGAGGUGUACAGAUGUACAGGAACAAUGUAAUUGUGAGUGGCAGUGUCAAAAUAUUGAUGUUGACCUGCCACUGGUCAUUGUUGAACACCAUAAUUAAAAAAUAAGUAUAAGUUCUGUUUCAGUUGAAAAUUUAAGACUUUCAGCCUUUUCAGGCUUGUAAAUGUUGUACUCACCAUCCCCCUCUAACUAUUACUGUCAGAGAGAGAGUAUCAGUUCCUUGUUUGUGUCCACCUUCAUAGCUCUGUUCUGUACUGACCCAUACUGUCAUUUACCACAUAUUUCUAGGCUUCAGAGAUUUAUUCAUGUAUUAUUUGUUGCCUCAGAGUGAAAGUGUUUUAACUCCAUUUGGAUUAUUUUAGUGACUAUAUCAUUUAUGUUAAGUAUAUGUACAGACUUUUGUAUCGAUGCCUGUACUUAUAAAACAGGAUUUCAGUAUCAGUUCACCAUUUUAAUGUUGUUUUGAACUAGAUACCUUAGUCAAAUCAUCUACUGUGUGACGACAAGAAAUAUUCUGUAGUACGUUGUGUUUUAUUUUAAAUGUGAAGUCAUAACAUUUUGGCACUGAGGUACUAUGAUUAUCUCCUUUCCUUCUCUCCAUUUCCACUCUUGGUGACCUCUCAUUGGUAGAAUUCUCAGUCUUCUUACCUAUUAAAAUCUUCCAUUUUACCUCAUCUCUAUUGAUGCAGAGAGAAAACUAUUUAACUACCUCCAGAAUCAACACCUACUGAACACUCAAGGUCUACAUCUUCAUUAAGAGCUUGGGUGGUAGAGGCAAGACUUGUAACCUAUAUUGACUCUUAUAUGGUGCAGGCAAAAGGUAAAUUUUUUGUUAGUAUAACUGCUUGAUGUACAGGUUCCAGCACAAGUCUACCCUGUAAAUUGUGUAUUACACCAAGCUCAGUAGCAUAAGUAAUAGUAAAGAGACAACACUAUUUAGAAAUAUGGUAGACUGUUUUAUGCAGGUUCCAUUGGGACCCUUGUACAGUUCUGUAUUUUGAAUCCACAUUGAGUUCAUCAAUAUUUUUUUAACUUUGAGAAAAAAUAAUUUUUGUUUCUGGCUUGCCAUUUAGAAGGCAAUUUUCAUUAUUAAACCCUAAUGUACAGUCAACAACAAAAUUUUCUGCACCUUUACAGUGUUAUACAAUAUGACACACCUGACCAAAUGAACAUGGCCUUAGUCAGCGAUCGUUGCAAAGCCCAUCAGGCCCAGGGGUGCAGAUUUUUUUUGGGUGUUGUGUUUGACUGUUCACUUAUUUAUUACAUUGUUAAAUGCAGUAAUAAUAAUACACUUAUAACCUAAGCUUCUUAGAUAUGACUCAUGAAUAUACUUCCUGUAGGCUUGGAAAUAAUGAACCCAGGGAAGUCAUAACCAACAAUAGUCAGAUAAUAAUCUGAGGACUAGGCUCCUCCCAUUCAACAAUUGUGGUUCCAAAAAGGGAAGUAAAAGGUCAGUUAAUUUGCAGGCUGUGAGCUGACAGGUCAGAUGUCAGAGAGCUCAUAAGUAACAUCUUCAUCUCAGGCUGUCAUAAGUCAGGAUGCACUGCCACCUUACUUUUCCAACCAACUGUCCAGCAGAUGCAGCUAGUCUGCAGGUUCCAUAUUUUCUUUACAUAAGAUGGGAUUAGGUUGAAAUAUGUAAUUCUAGGUACAGUAUUGCUUUUCAAGUAAGAGUGUUGUCAAUCUCCCCUUGUACAAGUGUUUACAUGAUUAUGAUUACAACAUCAUGAGGCAGUAAUGGGUGUAUUGAAUGGGAAUCAUUUGCUACCUGGGUACAUGUACUGUGCAAAGUGUGCAUAAACCAUGCAUAGCCGUGCUGUUUUUAUAGUGUUAGUCAGGACAGCAUGGCUGAAUACUCAUUAUUCCAGGUGAUUUCUGACUUUGAAAUUGGUUAGGCUUACAGUAUAUGUAGAACCCACUUUUAGGGCUUCUUACAUACUUUUCUGUUAUGUUUCAGGAGGAACAAUUGGGUACACAAGUUUGUCCCAUUUUUCCCUAACGCUUAGGGGUCAUGCUGUAUGAGGAGCAUCUCGGAGAGUUGGUUGUCCCAUGUUGAUCCCUCCAGUCGUGGGUAGUUUAGGAUUUCCUUGGGUUCCUAAGCCUGGAGCCUACAGGGGCAUAUUUACAAGUUAUCCCAUCCAAGCUAAUUUAUAAACUAGGAUUUCAGGAUCAAUCCAUCAUAUAUAUUGUAUACAGGAGAGACCAUAUUUCUUGCUAGAAUAUUAAUGACUAAUGAACAAGUGCAAAUAUGUGGUGGGACAGAGUGAAUAAAUAUCUGGCAGGGUGUAAGGAGGGAGGAUGUACAUAAUACCAUAGAAUAUGCCAUUCCAUAUGUCACCUAUAACAAUGUUUAAAUCCUUCAUGGUAUAAAAAAUGAAUGCAUUUUUACUAGCAUCAGUGGAGUGAGUUCAGGAAGGAUAGGCAUAAGACUGAUUCUUUCAAUAUGAUAUUAAAUAGACAGAAUUCUUGUAAAAGACAACAGUAAGACAUUUACUAUCAUGUAGUGUUUUUAACUGAUGCAAAUUGGUAUUGGAUAUCCAUCAUAUUUAAAGUUAAUUUUGGCAAUAGGAAAGGCAUCCAACCAUAAAAUUUGCCUAAUGGCAACCAAGACACUAUGCCAUCAGGUAAUCACGGCUGACCCACAUAAACAGGGAAAAGAGCCAUAGAAUGGAGAUAGGAUAAGAUGUCCGUACAAGCAUGUCCAAUCCUCCCAGCCAUUGAAUGGUAACCAGUUGGAAGCAGUCAGUCUGGUCAGUCAGUCACCAUCACUAGCAGUAAUCAUUUUUAAUUUUUGUGAUGAAAUUAAAACACUUUUACCAGGUAAAUGAAAAAAAAUGCCUCCAAAAAAUGAAAGACCUGUCAUGAUAAAUAUUAUAGAUGCUUGACUAAGACUUAAUGUACAAAUGAUGUCGUGUAAGAUUCAAACAACUGAUUUAAAAAAAAUAGAGAGAGAUUCACUGGCUGCAACUCUCCUUAAGGAUAUGCACCAGGUCUUUGGAUGGUGAAUACAGAUUAUACUGUAUUAAUUUAUAGUGUUAACCUUCUAAUACAUAUAUGAUUAAUGUGGUGUCUUUGGGUCAGGCACUGUACCUUCUUCAUAUCAUUCAGUGUUUUGUGUGUGUAAUAAUUUUAAUUUGUGAUCCUUGGGUCUGCACAAGUGUGAUGCAGACCUGUGUAUAGGUAUGUCAUAUACAGUAUGGUGUUGGUGAUUUUGAGGUUGUGUACUGUACUUGGAAGAACAUAUAAUGUGACUGAAGACUUGGAUUCAUUCACUUGCAUAAUCCUUGAGAAUACUGUACUGUAUUGUGAAUGGGUUGCCCAUUUUAUAUGAUGGAACAUGCAUGCCAGAUACAGUACCAGAAUCAGGAAGGGUGUUGAGUAAAUAUUUAAUAACGUGCUUCAUCUGAUUGCUUAUCAUUGAUGUAAUUUUUAUUAUUAAUGGUUGUUCUCUGUCAUUUAAGUAGACAUUUGUACUUUUUUACAUAAAUGUGCAUUUUACGGUGUUUCCUGUUUCAGCAUUACUGUAUAUCUAAACCUGCACAAUUUUAUUGAAAUAUAAUACCUGCAACAAUCUGUCUAUUUUAUUAAGAUUGACAGUGUUUUUCAAGCUACAUACAAUGAGGCUUCUCAAUAGCAGACAAAUUGGUGCAGUGAUGUCAGUGAUAGAGGAUUGACAUUAAAUUGAGAAUAUACUUAUUGGGGGCCUUGGAGGCUAUAAGAAAUAGGUAAUUACACAGUAUCAAAAGGUUUUACCAUAACCCUUGCAUUUGCAUAAUCAGUAACCAUGACUUGCUUUAACAAGAUAAACAAAUGCAAUUUAGGGGGCAAAUACUGUAUUAACAUAAUAGAUGGUUGUAUAGUAUAAUUCACGCAAAGACUACAUCUUAUAUAUUGCCAUAUUGUAGGUAAGUCAUGUAAGCAGUGAUUAUUUUUCUUAGAUUGGCAGUCUAGCCCUUGUAACCCUCUCAGCCAUCCUUAACUUUUGAUAAGGGAAAACAACUCGCACUUUAUGGACUUUCCCCUGAUGACAACAGUAAUGAAUUUAAAUGUACAGACACAUGCUGAAACAUGUGAAAGGUUUGGUAAAGGAAAGAUCUCUCACUAGCAGAUUUUGCCAUUGAUGUUUUCCCAUUAGCGGAAAACAAUAGAAAAUUUAAGCCCAACUGCUAAAUAGGAGUUUUCACAAAAUGGAUAGUCUGUUAAUGAGAGGUUUAAUGUUAUUUUAUUAGUGAAAUUAUUUCUUGAAUACAAAAAAAGGCUAUGACUUAAAACUGUCAAAUUAAAGAUGAUUUUCUAGAACAUACGGUAAUAAUUUAUACUAAACAACACUAUAUAUUUGCUGCAGAUCUGAGCUUUAUAUGAAUAAUAGUGAUAUAGACCUAAGCACUAGUAUAAAAAAUAACAAAAUCAUGUUGUCUCAAUUCUAGAAGAUCAGAAUGCUUUGUCAGUUCUGAAUUCUGUAGGUGACCUAUAUUAUUGUAUGUGUAAUGAUAUUUUAAGAAAAGUUAUCAUGCGUAUGAUAAUUCAUCUAGAUUUAAUAUGAUAAAUUUUAAUAUGUCUCAGACAAAUAAUGGAGUCUGUACUAUUAUUUGUCAGUACACAGCUAAUACAGUUUGCCUGUACUUAACAGCCAGAUAAGUUAGGAGAAUAUGUGAGUCAGUGGUAAGUGAAAAAGAGGUUUUACCUUUUUUUUACUGUGGGAAGAAAAUAUUUUGAUGUGGGAAGAAUGGGUAGACUUUUGGGAGGAUGGCUGUGAAGAAUAGGCAGUACUGUGCUGUAAAACUUGUAUUUGUAACACUUAUUAAACUCGGGCAUUAAUGUGUCCAUUAUUGCUAUUGUAUAAUUACUGUAAGAGAAUAGCUUCUAUGAAGCUUUAAAAUGUUUUGUGUUGAAUAUUAACCAGUGAAGCAUAUGUGUAUGCAGUAUUUUUUUUAAUUUUUAUAUCUUAAAUCAGACUUUUUUGGCUUCAUGAAAUAUGGCUCUGUCUUUGUUACUAAUAUUUAACUGAAUUACCAAUCAUACAAGGGUUAGAAAACGGUAUCCAAACUCAUCAGUAUAACUGCCACCCGAGACACCUAAGAGAAAAACCAUGGUGGAUGGUUUAUGCUGGUAGAGAUGUCACAUGAAUACUGUACAGUACUGUAAAUGGUAAUGUUUGGCCAUGAUCUUGCCAGUAUUUACUCAUGGUUGUCUCUUAGGGUCAUAUGACCACCCACAUCUUAUCUGAAUGGCUUUGGAUGUACAGUAUGUGAAACUUUUUUAAAUGGCUGGGAAUCCAGAAUGCUAAUAUCUGACCUGUGGCACAGUUAGCACCUUGCAAGUGCAUAAAUUACUCAUAUACUGUACAAUACUUCUUCCCACAAUCAACAUUACUUCUUAUGCAUUUGGCAUUUGAUAUGAUUGAAUAUUUACUUGCACAAUAUUGCACUGUUAAUGCCACCAGUUUGAAAUGUAUCAUAAUAUACAGUAGAACUGCCUUCAUACAUACAGCUUAAAAGUUUAUCUGCAUUUUGGGUAUUUAUUGAAUCUUAUAGAUUUAGUCUGAAUUUUGAAGGCUUGGUUUUGUCUAUUUUCAAUGUCUUGUAAGUAUUACAACAUUUUAAUUAAUUUUGUAAGGAAUGGUAGUUAUGGAUGGGUUUUUUAUUACAUAAUACUGUAGUUAUACAGGUAAGAUUUUUGUCAUUUAUAUUUUUAUAGGUGUUGUGUAGAAGGAGUUUAUGCUGAUCCACAAACAGGUUUAGAUAACAGUGACAUUCUACCUGGUGGGUGUGGCAAUUUUAUUCUUUUCAACUCAUGUUAAGGGAUGGGUGAUUUUUAUUAUUAUUUUUUUUUCAAUUUGUUAAGUAAUGGGUGUAGCUUUUUUUCAGCUUGGAUUAAGUGUGGAGUCUACAUUAGAAGGUUAACUAGUAGCACAUAUGGUUGAGACAAAGCUUCAUAUGGUGCAGGUUGAAGACUCCGUAAGGGGAUCUAACUCAGGGUAUGCUUUGAUCAAGGAGUGACUGGCAGAGUAAGGUAAGGUGUGGCAAGUUAGUAAAAGUAUAUACAGUAUUGGGGAUGAAGUGGCGAGAUGGAGUAUAUUGGGAUGAACCAUUAUAUAAUUAUUAAUAUUAUGAUUAAUACUUUUCUCUUUGGAGUGAGUUCUUCAUGAUCUGGCCUCCUGAGAAUGUAGUCAUUAGAUACUGAAUUAUAGAUGGACAAGCUCUUCAGUAUACAUAAUAUACACCAGUAAGUCAUGAUUUCUCUCAUUUGGGUAGUCCUUUAUUUAAGUACAGUAUUUGUGUGCCACACUAUAUAGGAUAUCUAGAGUGCUGAAAGGUUUUACAUUAGUAUUUUUUUUUUGUGUGUGUAGAUGUUCAGUGUAUUAUAUUUAUAAGUGGUGGUGUCGGGUCAGAAUUGUUGUCAGUGUAUGUACCGUACAGAAAAUUAUUGAUUUGCAUACUGUGUGUUUGUCACCAGUAUGAAGAUUAUAUUAUUUCACUUUGUAAGUGAGAAAGCUAUAUACUUUUCUUUUGUUUCAUGCUGGAACAUAAAUGGUUUAUGUGAUUAAAGUAUAUGGGUUUCAUUUUACCUUAAUAACACAUUAGAAGUUUCAGUGUUCAGAUAUACAAUAUUUUACUUUCAUACCCAUACAUUGGGAGCAAACAACUCUGUACUGCCAGCAAAGUAUAGGGGGAUGAAACCUUAAGGCCCAGGGUUCUAGUUUUAAUGACUGCGGUCUAAAAAUUGCACUUAACUUUUCCUUUAUACUUGAUUUUACAGAGAUCCAUUAGUAUGAUGGUAUCCUAAAAUGGAGAAAAAAGGAGUUACUGGUGCUGAGCAUUAACAUGACUCCACUCAAUUGUUUGACAUCAAACCAUUUCAGAACUAGUUGCAUCCUCAACCCCGAGUGGUUCUACUCUGCACCUGUUUUGACAUCACAUACAGCUAAGUGUUUUUUUGUAGUGUUAGUGUCACUACAUGCAACUGUAGUCUUAAAUGUUAGUUUUAUAUAUUAAAAUGGGUUGAUUUUGCA